UCAUCUUAAUGUUUUCUUCAUGGUCUACAGUCUGAAGUGGUGAAACAUAUACAGCAUCUCCUCAAAAACUGUUAACGUUUGGCACUUCGCAAUUUUUGAUGUGAAGAUAAAAUACCACUAAUUGCGCUUGAAUACCAAUUCCUUUCCUCGGUGGAUUUAGUCGCAACGAUCUUUCAAAGAGGUCCAACCGAUCCCAGGCCUCCGAUCCAGGGCGGAAGGGGGAAAGGAGGUCGUUGGGAGUCGGGAUGGAGACUGGAGAGGGAGCCGACGUUCCUGGUGGGCCAUUACUGUGCUGCGCCUCCUUCAACCAGGACUCCACGUCUUUGGCCGUCGGCACUAAAACUGGAUAUAAGCUGUUUUCGGUGACCUCAGUGGACAAACUGGACUGCAUCCAUGACAGUGCGGAGAAUCCAGACGUGUACAUUGUGGAGCGACUCUUCUCCAGCAGUCUGGUGGUGGUGGUAGGACAGGCCAUGCCGCGGCGGAUGAAUGUCUAUCAUUUUAAGAAGGGGACGGAAAUCUGCAACUACAGCUACUCCAACACCAUCCUGGCCGUGCGGCUCAACCGCCAGAGGCUGGUCGUGUGUCUGGAGGAGUCUAUUUACAUCCACAACAUAAAAGACAUGAAACUUCUGAAGACGCUUCUCAACACACCCCCUAACCCUGCAGGGCUUUGUGCUCUUUCCAUUAACCAUUCCAACUCUUACCUGGCAUACCCUGGCAACGCCACCAUCGGAGAGAUUAUUGUCUAUGACGCGAACAAUCUGAGCACUGUGACUAUGAUUCCAGCCCAUGACAGUCCUCUGGCUGCCAUCACUUUCAAUGCCUCAGGCACCAAACUGGCCAGCGCUUCAGAGAGGGGUACUGUAAUCCGAGUGUUCUCCAUUCCAGAGGGCCUGCGUCUGUUUGAAUUCCGCAGAGGCAUGAAGAGAUAUGUCACCAUCAGCUCUCUGUCGUUCAGUCCUGAUGCCCAGUUCCUGUGCGCUUCCAGCAACACAGAGACCGUUCACAUUUUCAAACUGGAGCAUCACGGCCCGAGUGGUGAGGAGGAGUCUCCUACCUGGUCGGCAUAUGUUGGGAAGAUGUUCUCUGCAGCGAGCAGUUACCUCCCAGCCCAGGUGUCAGGCAUGAUGAACCAGGACCGAGCCUUCGCCACUGUCCGCCUUCAGACGGCCGGGCAGAAACACGUCUGUGCCCUCGCUACAAUCCAGAAACUUCCGCGGCUGCUGGUGGCCUCAUCUGACGGACAUCUGUUCAUUUACAAUGUUGACCCUCAGGAGGGGGGUGAAUGCACCCUCGUGCACAGUCACAGGCUCUUCGGCACGGACGAGCAGAGGCAGGAGGUGGACGGCUCAGACGGUAUGACGGUACCACCCCCAUGCCAGUCUUACGCUGCCACUGUUGCCAUGCCAGUCUCUGGACCUGUCACAGCAACUCUUACAGGUUACUCGGAGGAUGGAGGAGCCAAAAAGGGGGAGGUUAUCCCUGAGCACGAGUUUGCUGCGGGACCAGUGUGUCUGGACGACGAGACGGAGUUCCCUCCCAUAAAUUGGUGUCGCGCUGGAUCUGGGAGCGGCAGGGCCCGACGUCUCAGAGAGGGUAAUGGACAGGCGGAGGUUUCGGCUGCAGCAGGACCAGGACCCCAGACUAAAUCAAACUAAUUUUCAGGGUGCUAAAUUAUUUCACAAGAGUUGAAAUGCAAAACUUUUCACUUCAAAGAGUCAGGGAUUGGGUUGUUGUCCCUCCGAUGCCUGACGGGUGUGUUAUAUGAGCGUGUGUGUGUGGGGUGCAUGACUGAACUAUAACCACAUUUAUAAUAUUAACUUGAAAAAUGUUUUAAUUCAUUAAUUUGUAUUAGUGUAGCAUAUUGUUAUUUCAAUCCUAACAUCCUUGUAUUUUAACCAUAAUGAUAAGGCAUUAUUAUUAUUGUUAUUAUUGUUUUUUUUAUUAUUAUUAUUAUGUGUAUUUGUUGUAUUGACAAUUAAGACAUGUUUACAUGUUGUCGGUCAGAGUAAGGGCAGCAUUCUGUUUGUAUGUGCCUAUGACUUUAUUUGCUAAGUAUUUUGCAGAUUGCACAAGACCAAAAGGAAAAAAAAAAUCCUUAGAGAAUAGGAAUGAAAUUAUGCAAA